AUGAUGGCCCUCGAGUGGCCUGCUCGCGGCCGCCCGGAUGAAGACAUCGAGCCGGACGAGCCGCCAGUCCCGGCGCCGACCGGCUGCGGCCACUACCUGAUGUGGGAUCCGAAGCAGUGGCGCCUCAGGUGCCCAGCCGGCUGCGGGUCCCUCGUGGCGCCCUCCUGCGCUUGGGCGACCACGCCUCCCACCAAUUACUACAGCUAUCGCGCUGUGAAGCUGUCGCAGGACCAGUAG